AUGUCGCCCCGCAGUCCCCCGUCCAUAUCCGCCCUCUGUCGCCCGCUUCAUGCCACCGAAGAUGGCGCGCGCGAGAGUGAGGGGGCCGGCGGGCGGCCAGUGGGUGAGCGGCAGCGGUGGUGGCGCGCGCGAUGGCGCGAGGCGGCGGUGGCGGGGGCGCGGCCGCAGGAGCGAUGGGGGCACUCCGCCGUGGCGUGGGAUGGCAAGCUGAUCGUGUUCGGGGGAGAGGGAGGGAUGGGUGGUAGCGCGGCGUGGCGAGGAUGCGGAUUUGACGUCGCCAUCUGCUGCUUCCGUGCGCCAUCUGCUGCUUCCGUGCGCCAUCUGCUGCUUCCGUGCGCCAUCUGCUGCUUCCGUGCGCCAUCUGCUGCUUCCGUGCGCCAUCUGCUGCUUCCGUGCGCCAUCUGCUGCUUCCGUGCGCCAUCUGCUGCUUCCGUGCGCCAUCUGCUGCUUCCGUGCGCCAUCUGCUGCUUCCGUGCGCCAUCUGCUGCUUCCGUGCGCCAUCUGCUGCUUCCGUGCGCCAAACGCAUCCUCCCAAUCUCUGUCUUACUAAGACCCUCACCCUCCCUUCCCCCUCGCCCCUGCGCAUGUCCGCAGGGGUGUUUCGGCGCGCAGCACUUCUCCACCGUGCUCGCCCUCGACCUCGCCACCCUCGCCUGGGCGCCCCUGUCGGCGCAUGGCGCGCUGCCCCCGCCCUGCGACUGCCACUCGGCGUCGCUGCUGUCUGGCGGCCGCAUGCUCGUCUUCGGCGGCACCGACGGCCGCCGCCGCCUCGCCUGCUCGCACCUGCUGCACCUGCCGUCCAAACACUGGCAACGCGUGGGGGGCGGGGCAGGGGGAUGGGAGAGGAGGGCAGGGUAUGUGCAGGGUGGGAGUGUGAGUGAGGUGGGUGGUGCCAUGGAGGAGGGGGGAGUGGAGGGGAGUCAGGUGCAAGCAGGCGGCGAGAGAGGGCAGCAGGGGGGCGGGGGGGAGGUGGAGAGUGGCGUGAGCUGCAUGGACGAGGCGGUGGUGACAGCGAGGCAGGUGGGGAGGGAGGGAGAGGGGAGGAGGCGGCAGGUGGAGAGGCGGGGCAGUGACGGGUCGCACGUGUCGAGCAGCAGUGUGGUGCGGCAUGGGGGCGAGGGCGAGGGGGGCGAGGGGGGCGAGGGGCUGGUGUGGGGCACGAGGCAGGGCAGUGGCGGCGACAUGGACGUGGACGGCACCCCGUGCGGGCGGGGUCCCGUGCACCCUGGCACGUGGCAUGAGUUGAGCGCGCUUGCUGCUGCACACCCCCCCGCCAGGGAGAGUCACGCAGCAGCAGUUGUGUGGCUGCCACGGCGCAAGGGGUUGAAGGCGCGAGGGGGAGGGGGUGCGGUGGAGUGGCGAGAGACUGUGCUGGUGUUCGGCGGCAGUGGGGACGCGGAGGGCGGUGAUGGUAUGGAUGGGAGCGCGGGCAUGGAGGGGUGGAGGGGGGGGGAGCAGAGAGGCGGGGAAGGGGAGGGAGGCAGCAGAAGCGAGGGGGGAGGCAAGGGGCGGUACCUGAACGACCUGUGGGCGCUGGACGUGCCCUCCAUGACGUGGCGCCGCCUCCAUGCGCCCCACUCACUGCCGCCCGCCACCCAUGCGCCACAUGGCCCGUCAGGGGGCGUGGCACGGAACCCCCCUCCCUGUGCGCGCGACAGCCACAGCAUGGUGGUGCUGGGUGGGGCGCGCGAGCAGCAGGUGGCGGUGGUGUUCGGCGGCGACUGUGGCGCGCGCUACCUCAGCGACCUGCACGUGCUGCACGUCCAUGCCCUCUCCUGGCACCACGUGCGUGCCCUUGGGCAUGGGGUGUGA